CCUUCCGCAGUCAACUACACCCUCACUUCCCCGGAAGGCUUCGGGGACUUCCAAGAGCCUUAACCUGGUGGCCCUCGCUCUGCUGACCAAAACCAUAACCAUGUCACUGCGAGACUGCCAGGCGUGGAAGGAUGCUGGGCUCCCACUCUCAACCACAAGCAAUGAAGCCUGCAAGGUGUUUGAUGCCACCUUGACCCAGUAUGUCAAGUGGACCAACGACAAGAGUCUUGGUGGCAUCGAGGGCUGCCUGUCAAAGCUCAAGGCAGCAGAUCCAACCUUUGCCAUGGGUCAUGCCAUCUCUAAUGGCCUUGUGCUCAUUGGCACGGGAAGCUCUGUGAAGUUGGACAAAGACCUGGACCUGGCUGUGAAGACGAUGAUGGAAGUUUCCCAAACCCAGACUCUGACACCUCGGGAGCAGCUGCAUGUGUCUGCAGUGGAGAUGUUUGCCAAGGGAAACUUCCCAAAAGCCUGUGAUCUCUGGGAACAGAUCCUCCGGGACCACCCCACAGACAUGUUGGCCCUGAAGUUUUCCCAUGAUGCCUACUUCUACCUGGGCUUCCAGGAGCAGAUGCGGGAUUCUGUGGCUCGAAUUUACCCCUUUUGGACACCUGACAUCCCCCUUAACAGCUAUGUGAAAGGCAUCUACUCUUUCGGACUGAUGGAAACCAACUUCUAUGACCAGGCACAAAAGCUUGCCAAAGAGGCUUUAUCUAUUGAACCGACAGAUGCGUGGUCAGUGCACACUAUUGCCCAUAUACAUGAGAUGAGAGCAGAGGUCAAAGAUGGGCUGGAGUUCAUGCAGCACACCGAAGGCCACUGGAAGGACUCUGAUAUGCUUGCUUGCCAUAAUUAUUGGCACUGGGCCCUGUACUUGAUCGAAAAGGGAGAAUAUGAGGCUGCACUAACCAUCUAUGACAACCAUAUCCUCCCCAGCCUGCAGGCCAGUGGUGCCAUGCUAGAUGUGGUGGACAGCUGCUCCAUGCUCUACCGUCUUCAGAUGGAAGGGGUGUCUCUUGGCCAGCGGUGGCAGGCUGUCCUACCUGUGACUAAGAAGCACACCCGAGACCACAUCCUUCUGUUCAAUGAUGCUCACUUCCUGAUGGCCUCCCUGGGUGCACAGGACCUCCAGACCACACGGGAGCUGCUGACUACCCUACAGGAGGCCAGCGAGUCCCCAGGGGAGAACUGCCAGCACCAAUUGGCACAAGAUGUGGGGCUACCCCUGUGCCAGGCCCUUGUGGAGGCUGAGAACGGGAAUCCUGACCAAGUCCUAGAACUUCUCUUGCCAAUCCGCUACCGAAUCGUCCAGAUUGGGGGUAGCAACGCCCAGAGAGAUGUCUUCAACCAGCUGCUGAUUCAUUCGGCCAUCAACUGCACCUCCAGCGUCCAUAAGAAUGUGGCCCGGAGCCUUCUGAUGGAGCGCGAUGCCUUGAAACCCAACUCACCCCUGACUGAGCGGCUCAUCCGCAAGGCAGCCACUGUCCAUCUUAUGCAGUGACCCAAGCCAGGUUCUUGGCCUACAGCUCAGCACUGACCUCCUAGUAUUAGGUUGACUACCUGGUUGGAUUAGAGUUAGGAAACAGCUGGUGUGCUUGUCAGAUGAUAAAGUAGAGUUCUCCAGAUCAGUAGUUUGGUAGAAAUAGGGGACACACGUUAAUUUUGAAUGAUAUUCAGAAUUCCUCUCAGGUCCAAUAUGUAUAUUUUUUUUGUUUGAUUUUCAAGACAGGGUUUCUCUGUGGCUUUGGAUCCUGUCCGGGCACUCGUUCUAGAGACCAGGCUGGCCUCAAACUCACAGAGAUCCACCUGCCUCUGUUCCCGAGUGCUGGGAUUAAAGGUGUGUGCCACCAACGCCUGGCUCCAACAUGCAUUUUUAAGCCUCCAAAACCAAAGCAGUGCUAUUAUUUGCAGAUGCCUCGAACAUUGAGUUUUCUUGUUCUAUUGCUGGCCAGCAGGGUAGACAUGUGGCCACCAUCUCCAAAGAUGAGGGGGAAGGAUGGUUUGUGGGGGAUUUUGUGGUGCCACCUGGAGCUUCUCUGUAAACUGCUUAUGGGAGGGAAGCUUGAGGGAUGGGGCUCUGAGUCUGCUCUUCUGAGUGAGUCUGAGACCUGAGCUCAGAGCUGCUCUUCUGUGACAAAUAACCACAACACUGACAUGGCUGCCACGAGAUUAAAUGCAUCUCCUGCUUCAGUGACAGGACAUCUGUCCUGGGAGUGCAGGUGCAGUCUUGUUGCUGUCCUUUGGAAGGGGAGGUACAAAUGCAAAGAUGCUCCUCAGGUUCCUUCACUUCCCACUAAGUGUGGACUAAUGGGCAGGUCUCCCAGGGGGACAUGGAGGUCCGCAAACCUGCUGAGCUUUGUUCUGUUGGCUCAGGCCUGGACAGAUUCUGGGCAUUAAAAUAAUUUAAUGGGUUCCUUUGACCACUCACUCCUAUUGGGCACCUUUGAGCAUCUCCUAGAUGCCAGGUUUGGGUUGGGUCCUGGGAAGAUGGGCUUCUCCUCUAAUUUUCAGUGGAUGGGGCAGCAAGUCAAGAAAUUGUGUAAUUGUCAUAAGAUUUUAAGAGGUACUGUCUCUACCCAGGAGCCUAGGACAGGUGCCAAGGGGGGGAGCCUCUUCAUGAUUUUUGUUUUGUUUUUUUCCCCGAGACAGGGUUUCUUUGUGUAGCUUUGUAGAACAGGCUGGCCUCAAACUCACAGAGAUCUGCCUGCCUCUGCCUCCUGAGUGCUGGGAUUGAAGGCGUGCGCCACCACCUCCCAGCUCAUGAUUCUUUUUUAACCUUAUUCCAAAUAACUCAUGCUUUACCUGGGAAGCAGGAGCCUUGCUCCCUCUUUCAGGAAGCCUUCCACCCUACCUACAGGCUGGUGACAGUGCCUUCUCUUUGCUCUGCAGCCCUCGGCACCUGCCUUUGCUAUUGCACCACUUUCUGCUAUGAUUUCUUUCUGGUCAGAAGUGUGAGCUCUGUAUCACCCAGCCACUCAGUGGCUACCACUGAAUACCUGCCUGUAAAAACUGGUGUGAAGGCUUUAAUGGAGGAGGGCAUGACUCUACCAGGGACAGACCACUGAUAGAGACAGAGAGAGAGGGAGAGAGAGAGAGUGUAGAUGGCUCUGGCUCCAUGGUUAAGAGCACUUGCUGCUCUUCUAGGGGAUCAGAGUUCAGUUCCCAGCACCCAUGUGGCAGCUCACAA